UAGCUGGGGAGUGAAGAGGCGGGGAGGGAAUGGUGUAGGCUAGCAGGCGAGAAGCUGUGAUAGCAGCCCACGGGAAUGUAAAACUUUAGGGACUGAGAUCACCCACAAGAAGCCGUGUCUGCGUGCCCUAAAGACUUGACAUUUUACCUGGUUUCUCAUGGAAGCAGAUGGAUUUGUGAGGAGGCGUCGGAUGACAGCGGAGACUACGGGCAAUGAUCCCGGGGUUGCUGGUGCAUCUGCCGGGGCAGAAGUUCGAUGGCUGGGGGGCAGAUUCUGGGGAGUUUCGGAAAGUAUCGUGGGAAGCCUGACGCCCCGGAUCGGGGGGGAAUCGGAGAUACAGACUGUUGAUUUUAUCCGUAGUGCACAAGAUGCACAAACAGAGGACUCAGAGGACUAUGAGGGUUUGCCACAGGGAGCCUCCACCAGCACCCACAUGUUUGCUGGAGCUGUGGCCGGGAUCAUGGAGCACUGCCUCAUGUUCCCCAUCGACUGUGUCAAGACGCGCAUGCAGAGCCUCCAGCCCGACCCUGCAGCCCGCUACAGGAACGUGAUGGAUGCUCUUCGGCGAAUUGUAGCCACAGAGGGAGUCUGGCGGCCAAUGAGAGGGCUGAAUGCAACAGCAGUUGGGGCGGGACCUGCCCAUGCCCUCUAUUUUGCCAGCUAUGAGAAACUCAAAAAGACUCUAAGUGAUGUCAUUCAUCCAGGGGCUAACAGCCAUUUGGCUAAUGGAACCGCUGGGUGUGUGGCCACACUGCUUCACGAUGCAGUCAUGAACCCAGCUGAAGUUGUGAAGCAGCGCAUGCAGAUGUAUAAUUCGCCAUACCGCGGCGUGAUGGACUGUAUACGCGCCAUAUGGCACAAAGAGGGCCCUGCUGCAUUCUACCGCAGCUACACCACCCAGCUCACCAUGAACGUGCCCUUCCAGGCGCUCCACUUCAUGACCUAUGAGUACCUUCAGGAGCUGCUUAACCCUCACAGACAGUACAACCCCUCAUCACACAUGUUGUCCGGAGCUUUGGCCGGAGCCAUCGCUGCGGCGGCCACCACGCCCCUGGAUGUCUGCAAGACCCUGCUCAACACCCAGGAGUGUCUAACCCUCAGCUCCCUGUCUUCCUGCCAAGGCCCUGGCCAGGGCCAAGGCCAAGGGGCCCACAGACGCAUCACAGGCCUUGCCCAUGCUUUCCAGACAGUUUACAGGCUGGGCGGCCUGAAGGGCUUCUUCAAGGGAGUCCAGGCGAGGGUCAUCUACCAGAUGCCCUCCACAGCCAUCAGCUGGUCGGUCUAUGAGUUCUUCAAGUAUGGACUCACCAAGCACCAGCACAACAAGAGGAGAGCUCAGCACAUGGAGACAGAGAUCUAAAUAUCUUCCUUGAUUUGUUCUCAUCUAAUAUUGUUCUGUCUUCCCUGAGAGGAGAAGACAAAGUCAAAGCGCACAUAGAAUCUGGCUGAAAUCCACCUCAGUGGCCCAAUCAUUACAGACGUAGCAGAUAAGAAAGAUCUCUUCAAGCCAGUUUGAGUUAUAUUUUUGCUACGCUAGGUAUGGUUUGAGUUAUGUUUUUCUCUCCUCUAGAAGACAUUUACACAGUAUUAUAGAACUAGUUAUUCUCAAGUUUUUUUUAAAGCCAUUCUAGUGACCACUACGUCUCUUCAAGCUGAGGAAAAAUGUCAUGAACGCACAAGUUUUGAAUCGGAAAGGUAGUCAGCAGGGGGCAGUAGUGUUACUUUAACUCUGUAGUGUCAUAAGCUUUGCUGUCCUAGGACCAGAAUUUUAUUUUCACCCAUCCAAGCCUUGAGUUUGCGAAUCAAAAUUAUAACUGACUUCUUAUCCAGACCCCUUUCAGGAUUCAUGAUUCACUCUUCUUUUAAAACAUCCCCUAACAAACAGAGUAAUCCCAGACAAGACACAUUCUUGUCUGGGCUACACACAGGCAUACAGACCUUUAUCAAAAAUAGCUUUGUUUUGAUCCGAUUUAAUUGCAUUUCACCCAGUUAGAAUCCAAAGCAGAAAUGAAAUGGAACCCUGGCAACCCACAAAGUUGAGAGCAAAAGUCAAAACAAUCUUUGGUUUGAUUUUGAUUAACUGAACUGUAUCAUUUGAAGUGCAGUUCAAUAGUGUUUGAUUGUUUCACAGAUUAACAGAAAGACCAAAGACCAGAUGUGGGGGUUCGGUUUUCUCUUGCCAUUGCCAUUAUGGAAUAAUUAAAUAUUUUUUUCUUUUUCAAAGUCCAAGAAUGUUCUCUAUGAUAUAACAUGACAGAAAAUACAAAUGUUCAUUAUCUCUGUGGUUUCUGAUGACUGUUUAAUUUAUUUUUAAUGAUUUUGAAAACACAAAUAUCAAUUUACAUUUUCUCCCUUAUUUUUUCCCCCAUUUAUGUGUUUAAUUCACCAUUGGAUAAUCCAAAUACACCAUUAAUGCCUUGUGUACGUGUUUGGCAGAGCAGACCAGGGCAGCAUUAAUUUCUGUGCAUUAACUGUAGCGAUCAGCCUGUUUUCAGCUUAGGAACUACUGAAUUUCAAUAUCUGUGCUUGACAGCAGAGGCUGUGUACAUUAUACUGGGCCAAAAGGAGUUCAGUAUCCUACAACAUUAUGUACCUGUACCCCCAGUGAGUACACAUCAAUGGAAGCUGUCAUUCUUAUUGAUUGUUGUCUGAUUAUUUCUGACACUGAAUUGCACUCGUUGAAUAAAGACUUGGCAGCGGGGAUCUACUCGCUGCUCAUUAAUGAUG